AUGUCUCUCAUAAUGAGAGUUGAAUUAUCGUCGUCUGUAGGUAACUUACUAGAUGACGGCUUGUUACUGCCAAGGCUAAAUAACUUAGGAUUUUGACCGCUACACCCUAGUUUGAUCCUUUUACUAUCAUCCACUUUAAUUGAAAAGGGUGCUGGGACUGGUGCUUAUUCUUUAUUAAAUACUUCGCUAUCUAUUCGAGUUACUUGGAUUACUUCAUUAUUACUCAUUACCGCUUUACCUAUAAUAGCUUCUGCUUUAACUAUGCUUUUAUUAGAUAGAAACUUUAAUACUAACUUUUUCGACUCAGCAGCGAGAGGAGAACCUCUUUUAUGAGUGCACUUAUUUUGAGUCUUUCGUCAUCCAGAGGUUUAUAUCAUUUCUCUGCCUGCUCUUGGCUUGAUAUCUGUAAUUAUGACUAACUAAACCUUAAAGCCUGUAUUCGGGCCUUUAGGUAUGAUUUUUAGCUAUGAUCUCUACUGGUGUAACAGGUUGAAUAGUUUUAAGCCAUCAUUUAUUUAGCGUGAGAUUGUCGACCGAUUGAAAGGCUUAUUUUACAGCAGCUACCUUAGCUACAGCGGUCUACAAAGAAGAGUAGGAUCCUAUUCUGAUGCUUUCGAAGCUUUUAACUUCUUUAGCAGCCGUGGAUCUUUUAGCUCAUUAAUUGGAACUAUGUUAUUCAUGUCAGGAAUC